AUCGGAGCAUCAACAGACAGCGGCUUGACUGCUGAAGGCUCGGCCCCACAACCGAAAAGCACGUUUUAUAUAUACACACACUCUUUGUUUCCACUCACACGCCACCGCACCGCCUCUCAUGUCCGUUUCCUUCUUCCCGCAAACAACGGGGCCAUGGUGAUCCUUUCAGUUCACGCUUCUUCUUCUAGCCUCUACAGUAUAACAGCUGCACAGCCGUGGAUUUCAUCCUCUUCGUUGUCAAUAGCUUGCUCGUGCUCGACCUUGAAGCAGAGCGGCGGUGUUCGAAGCUUGCGCUCCUCCGCGGUCUUCUGCGACGCGAAGGCGGUAGUUAUGGCGGAAAUGGUGGAGGAGAAGGAGAAGAAGAAGGAAUCUGCCGCCGGCGCCGCCACGGCGGUGUCGGCUUCCGCUAGCUACGAGCUUCGUAGUUUCCUCGAUGCUCGUUCAGGUGAAGACCUACUUUCUGUUGUUCAAAGGGAAGCAGAAGACGGAAAACUGCCACAAAAUGUUGCUCAAGGGAUGUUGGAACUAUAUGAAAAUUAUCGAAAUGCAGUCUUAAAAACUAAAGAUCCUAAAGCAGAUGAGAUUGUCCUGUCCAACAUGGUUGUUGCAUUUGAUCGUAUUUUCCUUGAUGUGAAGGAUCCUUUUGAGUUCUCACCUCAUCACAGAGCAAUUCGAGAACCAUUUGACUACUAUGUGUUUGGCCAAAAUUACAUUCGUCCUUUAAUUGACUUCAGGAACUCUUAUGUGGGAAAUAUUUCUCUUUUCACUGAAAUAGAAGAAACAGUUCAGAAGGGUGAAAAUGUAAUUUUGAUCUCCAAUCAUCAAACUGAAGCAGAUCCUGCAGUUAUUGCAUUGUUACUGGAUUCAACACAUCCAUAUCUUGCUGAGAACAUGAUCUAUGUGGCUGGAGAUAGAGUAAUUACUGAUCCUCUUUGCAAACCUUUCAGCAUUGGGAGGAAUCUUCUAUGCGUGUAUUCAAAAAAGCAUAUGGGUGAUGUUCCUGAACUUAUUGAGAUGAAAAAGAAAGCAAACACAAGAAGUUUGAAAGAGAUGGCUGUGCUUUUAAGGGGAGGAUCGAAAAUAAUAUGGAUUGCACCAAGUGGUGGGAGAGACCGUCCAGACCCUGUAACUCAAGAAUGGUCUCCGGCACCCUUUGAUCCUUCCUCAGUGGACAAUAUGAGAAGGCUUGUCGAACACGCUGCUGUUCCUGGUCAUAUAUAUCCACUAGCGGUACUAUGCAAUGACAUUAUGCCUCCGCCUCCUCAGGUUGAGAAAGAAAUUGGAGAGAAAAGAGUUAUGUCCUUUCAUGGAGUUGGAUUAUCUGUGGCCCCCAACAUCAAUUUUCAUGAAGUUGCUGAUAGUAUUAAAGAUCAUGAAGAGGCUAAGAAUGCUUACUCAAAGGCCCUUUUCAAUUCUGUAAACCAGCAAUACAAGGUGCUAACAUCUGCCAUUCAUGGGGAACAAGGGCUGAAAGCAUCUACUACUACUGUAUCAUUGUCACAGCCAUGGCAAUAGUUUCAUAUUACCCUCGUUUUGCUUCACAAUCAGGCUAAACCAAUUAUUUGACACGGCUGUACAGAUCCCCAACACUCGGGAACGCUGGUAAUUUCUGGUUGUGAAUAUUUUUGAAGCAUUUGUAUUUGUGUAACUUUACCAGAUUUAAGUUGUAGUUCUUGUGAUAGGCAAGCUAGAUGAGAAAUCAUAAUAUAAAUUGUAUUUGUGUAAAUAAACAAUCCUUAAUUUGUUUGUGUAGAAUGGUUACUGCGUGGUGAAAGCGUAUUUGGUAUCUGACUCUUUUUUGGCUUGGCA